AUGCACCCUUGGUAUAAGUGCUUAGAUACGAUGCCCGGCUUCUUGAGGGCCAUCUUCUGCAUGGCAGGAAAGGGUUGCCAACGAAACAACAGGGCAAAGGUACAGCAGGUAGGCUGCAAAGCAGACGAGGCAGCUGCGAAGUUGCAAGAGGGAGACAUACUUUUAACCGACGUGGCUGGGGAUAGUGCCUGCAAAAUAUGCGUUGAGGAGAAGGCUGAAGCGGCACAAGACCUGUUGCUAUCUACAGGUUGCGGGCAGUCGCCCACAGGCUUUGGUUUCAAGGGUUAUGAGACGCUUGCGGUUGCUGCACUGGCAAAAGCCUUCGCGUCUUACGGCCAGAUGAGCCCCGGGUCUACAGGUCAUGGACAUGGGUCACAUCUCCGCGUAUUCCUGAAGGCUUUGCGCAGCUACACUGUGCCGAUAAGUCUCACUGAUAUGCAACCCGCGAGCAUCAAUUACUUUACGCCACCCCUUCAUAUCAAAGCUGAGAAUAUAAAGCUGUCACCAUAUCCACCCAGGAGUCCAGGAUCGUGCAGCAAUGGGUCCCGGCUGCGAACAGCGGCAAGAUUAAGCUUUUGCUCCACGAAGUGGCCGACGAGAAACUUGAUGCAUUCUGACAAAUGUUUACGUGAGCCUCUGAUCAGCUGGCCCUCUGCGGGUUAUUAA